GCCCGCGGCGCCCAUGGCGGCCCGGAGCCCGCGCUGCUGGGGCCGCGCCUCGCCCCCGCCCUGCCCCGGGCUCGGCGGUUCCCGGUGCGGGGGCGGCGCUGCGCGGCCUGCCCGGGCGGGCCGGGGGCGGGGGCGGGGGGCCACAGGCCCUUCCGUCUGCGCCCCGGGCCGGGGGGGACGCGGCGGCGGGCCCGGGGUGGGGGGGCCGGGCUGGGCCGCCGUGCGCUCGCCCCGCCAAUGCUGCGAGUAACCGUUUAGCGCCAGAGCGCCCGGUAGGCAGCAUUGUAGAAUCGGUGAUCAAGAAACUAAUGGGAAAAACUCAACUGCCGGUUCGCAUGACUUCAGUGAUCCAGUUUACAAAGAAAUUGCCAUAACCAAUGGUUGUAUCAACAGAAUGACCAGAGAUGAGCUCAGAAGUAAACUUGCAGAGUUCAAGCUUGAAACCAGAGGAGUGAAAGAUGUGCUGAGAAAGAGACUGAAAAACUAUUACAAGAAACAGAAGCUGAUGCAGAAGGAACCUAUUAAUGGAGGCAGCUGCUAUGACUACAUCUGUGUUGUUGACUUUGAAGCAACAUGUGAAGAAGGAAACCCACCUGAGUUCAUACAUGAAAUAAUUGAGUUUCCUAUUGUCUUACUAAACACACGUACCUUGGAAAUAGAGGAUACCUUUCAGCAAUACGUCAAGCCAGAGAUUAAUCCCAAGCUUUCAAAAUUCUGUAUCAGUCUGACAGGAAUCACCCAGGACAUUGUUGAUAAAGCUGAUACAUUUCCUCAAGUUCUGCAGAACGUCAUAGAGUGGAUGAGACAGCGUGAACUGGGAACAAAGUAUAGCUAUUGCAUGUUAACAGAUGGAUCUUGGGAUAUGAGUAAAUUUUUGAACAUCCAGUGCCGCAUUAGCCAUAUCAAAUACCCUUCCUUUGCCAAAAAGUGGAUCAAUAUUCGCAAAUCAUAUGGGAACUUCUAUAAGGUUCCUAGGAACCAGACCAAGCUGACAAUCAUGCUUGAAAAGCUGGGCAUGAAUUACGAUGGGAGACCUCACAGUGGACUUGAUGACUCUAAGAACAUUGCAAGGAUAGCUAUAAGGAUGCUACAGGAUGGCUGUGAACUGCGGGUGAACGAGAGAAUGCAUGCUGGACAGCUUAUGACAGUCUCCUCCUCAGCCCCCUUAGAGGGAGCCCCUGCUCCACAAAUGCCCCGCUACAGAAACUAGCAGCUCAGGGGUUCUGCCUUCGCAGCUGCUCUUAGAUACCCGCUGAAGACUGCUAUGAGCUUAUUAAACAGCCACCUCUGCCAACCUGUCUGCAAUGCAGAAUCUGAAAGCACCUUAACUAAUAGUCUCUUGAAAUAAAGAGGAGCGUGGAAGCUUUUUGCUCUUUGAAGCCUGUGUUACAGCAUCGGGGUUUUUUUUAUAUACUGAUGGUUUUGUUGUUGUUGUUUGCAACCUUUCAUGCAGUAAGGUUGAUAUGUGGAAUCCAGGCAUAGUGUUUAGCCUUUAAAAACAUGUAAUUUAAACAUGCAAAGAUUGAUUGGGCCUGUGCGCUGCUGUUCCACCCCAGCCUGUGGGUAGUAUUUAUUCACUAUGCCAUACUCUAAUGAUAUCUAGCAUCUGAUUAUUCAUUGCACACAAGUAAGACAUUGCUGGAAGAACUGAAAUAGCAAGCAGCUGGGCUGGCCUGUCCUGAUUAGGCACUCUUCUAGGAGUUCCUGCUAGUAAUUUUGGUUGGGGUUUUUUUUGGUGGGUUGAUUUUUUAUGAAGUCUAGGAAAAAUGGGAGCACAUUCAAUUCUAAAGCAGUAGAGAAGUACUGUGUUGUUUGGGGUUUGGGUUUUUUGGUUUUGUUUAAGGGAUAUGUUUGGUUCCACAUCAAAUAGAAGAGAUGUUUAUUGAAUAAAAAUUCCAUUAAUGCAGUAUGAUAGUAAUUUUUUUUUAACCUGUAUAUAAAAAGAGAAGGAGGUUUGUUACCUCCUAUUUCUGCUACACACAUAGCUGUGCUUCAUUUAAUGUGGCUUUUAGACAUUGUCAGCCAUUUGGACUUAAAAAUAAGUGAAGUAACAAAACGUGCCAGAUCCUUAAAAGUUUGUGCUAUGUGGUGGUUAUGUAAAACAAAACAAGAAGCUUCUAGUUCAUAAUUAAAAGCACGCUCAACUGUUUUGGUACCUUCCCAUGCCUCUGCCACCACGAAACUGUGCCUUUAUCUCAAAAUCUAACAUUGGAAGAUUAAUAUGAUUUUCUUAGUAAAGGCCACAUCUAAUUAUUAACAAUUUCUGCUUUCUUCCUAGGCCCCAGAUAAGAUGGUACUCAAAAGAGGCCAAAGUGUUAAUUUGCUUUGUCUCUGUGGGCUGUUACAAACUACAUUAAUGUGAUCAGCUUUGCAUUAAAUAGCUUGUUCUGAAAAGUGAUGUACUUUGAUUGCUCUUAGUCCAAAAAAAGUUAGUUUGUUAAUCCCUGUGUUAUAAUUCAUUCAUUCUUUCUUACAACUUACGUUAUACAACAAAAUAACCAGUUUGUAAUAAAGCUUUGUUGAGAACAUUCA